UCCGGUCUCUGCGGUUCUGCUUCCGGGUCGCACUCAUUUCCCCUCGUUGGUCGCCGUUUCCUCACAGCCCAUUCCGGAGUCGCCGGACAGCGGGAGACGCCACGAUGAGGCUCUACAGCCUAAGUGUCCUUUACAAAGGUGACCCCAAAGUGCAUUUACUGAAAGCUGCUUACGACGUGUCCACCUUCAACUUCUUCCAGAGGUCCAGCGUGCAGGAAUUCAUGACCUUCACAAGCCAGCUGAUCGUGGAGCGCUCGGAGCUGGGCAGCAGAGCCUCCGUCAAGGAGCAAGAGUACCUCUGCCACGUGUACGUCCGGAACGACGGGCUGGCCGGAGUGGUGAUCGCAGAUAAUGAGUAUCCGCAGCGGGUUUGCUUCACCUUGCUGGACAAGGUGCUGGAUGAAUUCUCCAGGCAGGUCAGCAAAAUAGACUGGCCUUCGGGAUCCCCAGCGACAAUCAGCUACGCGGCCUUGGAUGGAUACCUCAGUAAAUACCAGAACCCCCGUGAUGCCGACCCGAUGACCAGAGUGCAGGCUGAGCUGGAUGAGACCAAAAUCAUCCUGCACAACACCAUGGAGUCGCUGCUGGAACGAGGAGAGAAGCUGGACGACUUGGUCUCCAAAUCGGAGGUGCUCGGAGCACAGUCCAAAGCCUUCUACAAAACUGCCCGAAAGCAGAAUUCCUGCUGUGAAAUCAUGUGACGCGGACCCCAGGGUCUCCUGCUCCGGACCACCAGGCCUUCGCUCCCCUUUGGACCUCACCCAGGACAGAAAGCAGAAGCCCGGGGGCGGGUUCCCAGGCCUGGGCUGCACUGCGGAGGCCAGGGACAGGACGGGGCCUCCUCGGUGCUGUGGUUUUAUGUGACUUUUGGUUUUUUUUCAUCUCGAGGGGAUGCCGAGGCCGGCAUCGGGCUGGCACCCUGUGGGAUGGGGGGAGUGCUGGAGACCCGCCGCCCUCACUUUUCCCCAGGGUGACUUGGACCACGGGGCGCCCCGCCGUGCGCCCACCCUUGCCUUUACACCUGUAACACUAGCCAGCGCCUCGGCAUCCCAGCACUGCCGACCCAGGGGAGUCGGGGAGAGGGGAGCUGGGGCUCCCCGCUGCGAUGCGUGGGGCUGCUUAGGGGGAGCUGGGGAGGGGGUCUUUUAUGUAUUUGUGU